AUGCCGCGUCACUCUCCAACCCCCAAGGUCCAGACUCCGGAUUAUGUUACAUGGCAGCUGACCAAACAUAAAAUCAAGCCAUUCGUUCCGCUUCCGGUCACACACAAAGGUGGCCAUCAGAAAAGCAAAAUGAAGAUUAGUGACCAGCCAGUGUAUUCCAAGUCUACCACAACGGUGAGAUGCCACUCGAAGAAUCCACAAGAGCCAUGCAAAGGGAAGUUGGACUCUGGGAAGAGCAAGUUCCGGCUAAUGAGGACGUUGAUCAGGAGCCGACGAACCUCACUCCAGGAGCUUUACAAGCAGGAGAACUUCCUCACCAAGCUCAAUCAAGAACUGAUCAAUACCAUCAAGGACAUGGAAGACAGCUCAGCCCUGAAAACACGCGGGAUGCUGCAGCAGCAGGACAUCUUUGGGAUAAUCAUCAACAGCUUGGGGUGCUCAAACAAGAAGAAGCUGAAGCAGAUGACAUGUGAGCUGCAGGAGUGGAAGGAGAAGGAGGAAUCCAAGAUGAGCUACCUGAAGCAGCAGGUGGAGCAGCUGAAUGACAAGCUCAAGAAGACCCAGGAGGAAGUGAACUUCCUGAGCACUUACAUGGACCACGAGUAUCCCGUCAAGGUGGUCCAGAUCGCCAACCUCCUGCACCAGCUGGAGCAGGUGAAGGACAACCAGCAGGAUGAGCUGGAUGACUUCAAUAAGAUACGCAAGAUGGUCCUAGAGUCUUUGUCUGAUCAGAUCCAGAUGAAGAGACAAAAGCUCGUGCGCUCUCUGGUGGCGAAAAUGCAGCAUCCCAGGCAGGCGUUUCUUCUGCACAGGACCCAGGAGAACCAGAACAUGGCGAAGUACACGGACAAGUACAGAGAAUUUAUCAGCCAGUUUGAGGAGAAAAUUCCCAAAUUGAGGGCCGAGGUGGAACAGCUCCUAGUCCGGGCCCGGGAACCCCGCGAGGUCGCGUUUGCAGACGUUCUGCUUCGGAGGCCCAAGUGCACCCCAGACAUGGAUGUCACCCUCAGCAUCCCUGUGGAAGAGCUGCUGCCCUUCUAG